GGAGAGAACAGAGUCCAUUGGGACAAUAGCGAUGAGUACGACCACCACUAACCCAAAGGCUUCUUGGGUCACGGUGGGCAAACUGCUAGCGCUUGGAGUACUCUUCCACGUAAUUUAUUCAUGGUCGAUAUUCGACAUAUAUUUUCGAUCUCCGCUAGUGCAUGGAAUGACUCCAGUACUGCCUCCGCAACCUCCGCCCGCCAAGAGACUGUUACUGGUUGUUGCUGACGGACUUCGAGCGGAUAAGUUGUUUGAGAAUCGUCUUGAACGUGCUCCCUUCCUACGUGGUAUAGUUGAGCAUCAUGGUACAUGGGGCGUAUCGCAUACCCGUGUCCCCACCGAGUCACGACCCGGCCACGUUGCUUUGAUCGCUGGAUUUUAUGAAGAUGUCAGCGCAGUUACAAAAGGCUGGAAAAUGAACCCCGUUAAUUUCGACUCUGUCUUCAAUCAAAGCACGCACACGUGGUCGUUCGGUUCGCCCGACAUUCUACCAAUGUUUGCUGAAGGAGCCAGCGAUAAGAACAAAGUUGAAACAUUUAUGUAUCCUGCUGAAAGCGAGGAUUUUGCCGAAGAUGCCAGUGGACUAGACACUUGGGUAUUCGAAAAAUUUGAGGCAUUCCUAGACAGUGUGAAGCACAAUACUACCUUGGAAGCACGUAUCCGCCAGCAAGGAAUUGUGAUCUUCCUGCAUCUUUUGGGACUUGACACAAAUGGACAUGCAUAUCGACCUUAUUCUAAAGAAUAUUUGAACAACAUUCAGCUGGUGGAUGAGGGGCUUCAAAAAGUUGUCAGGAAAUUUGAGAGUCUAUUUGACAACGAUGGAAGGACUGCGUAUAUCUUCACUUCCGACCAUGGCAUGAGUAACCGUGGUAAUCACGGAGACGGUCAUCCGGAUAAUACACAGACUCCGCUUAUUGCAUGGGGCUCAGGUGUGGCUACACCAAAUCGGACGCAUCCAGUAGGCCACGAUGAUUUGUCCAAACCAUGGCAAUUGUCUGAUAUUAAGCGCGUGGAUGUCGAGCAGGCCGAUAUUGCUCCGCUGAUGUCCACCUUAAUUGGUCUUCCCUUCCCUAUGAACUCCGUGGGUGUCCUUCCCCUUCAAUACCUAUCCGCUUCCGUGCACGCCCAAGCCCUUUCAGCGUUUGCCAAUGCAAAGCAGAUAUUGUCACAAUAUCUUGUUAAGGCAGAUGCGAAAAAGAGAACCGAGCCUUUUUUCAAGGAAUUCCACCCUUUGUUAGGAUAUGAGGAACUGAUUACGACAAUCGAAACAGAAAUCCGUCAACUGAGGCAUUCAGAUGCUAUCCGACUAAGUUCGCAGCUUAUUCGAUUAUCUUUGCAAGGCCUGCGAUAUUUUCAAACAUACGACUGGCUGUUCUUGAGAUCCAUUAUCUCCUUUGGCUACCUAGGAUGGAUAGCAUACAGCACAAUAUUUAUCCUCAGGAGGGGUAUUGUGCAUGUAGUCAAAGCGCAACCGAUGCCCCUCUACGGAAGCUCGGAUUUUCCACGUAGGGUCAAUAUUCUUGCGGUGGUAAUUGCUCUUGCCUUCGCCGCACUUUUACACCGGAGACAAGCACCUGCUUUCUAUUACGCAUACACUGCGUUUCCGAUUUUCUUCUGGGCAGAAGUUUUCAAGCAACGUGCAUUCAUAGUGUCAUUGCUGAGAACGGCGCAGCCAAGUCGAACAACCUGGAUAAAGACUCUGGCUGGUAUAGCUCUUUACGUUGUAGGCCUGGAACUCCUGGUGUAUAGUUAUUUUCGACGCGAGCUAUUGACCGUUUGCCUCUGGCUCCUGGGAGUUCUGUGGCCACGUACGAUGGCGAAACGUGUGCGUAGCGAGAACUCUGGGUUAGUCUGGGUGUGGACUGCUUUUUGCCUGGGCACAAGCGUCUUCCCCCUUCUUCCGGUUGAAAAGGGCGAGGAUCUAUCACUAGUGUUAGCUGGCGGAACCCUGAUAUUGGCCUCGGGUGUAUUUGCUCUGUUUCGACUCCCUCAUAUCACGAAGCUCCCUUUGUCACAUAGAGGCGGGCCGCAACCUCAGAAGCUGCUGCGGAUUGUUGUCCUGGAGAUUUUAUUGAUCGCCAUCAGCAUCCUAGUCACCGCUGACACAACGCUACGCUUGCGGGCCAAGACCGGGCUACCAUUCUUAAACCAGAUUUUUAGUUGGGGCGUUAUUGUGCUUCUCGUUGGCAUCCUUACCAUUGAUGGUGCUCAGCACGCUCAACACUACCUUCGACGACUGACUGUGAUCUAUUUGGCUUUUGCGCCAGCCUUUAUCCUCCUUACCAUAUCAUACGAAGCCAUUUUCUACUUCUGCUUCUCAGGCACCGUACUGUCAUGGCUUCUGCUGGAGAGAUCUAUAUAUCUGGAAUCGGAGCAAUAUCCUGCGCUAGAGGAUGACAGUGCAGACGCAACGCCGGACGGAACCAGCCGUGCGCCACGAACUUUGAAAUUAUCGGACUUGCGCGUUGCUGGGUUUUUCCUAUGUUUUAUAAACGUCGCAUUCUUUGGGACCGGUAAUAUCGCGAGCGUCAGCUCCUUCUCCCUCGAAAGCGUCUACCGCUUUACCACCGUCUUCAAUCCCUUCCUAAUGGGCGCGUUGCUCAUCCUCAAAAUCCUGAUUCCAUUUUUCUUGCUGAGCUCCGUUUUUGCCGUCCUCGGGCGUGCAUUAAGACUCCCUCCCUUCAGUCUCUUCCUACUGGUUCUCAGUACAACGGAUGUUAUGACCUUAAACUUCUUCUUCCUCGUGCGGGACAGUGGCAGCUGGCUGGAAAUUGGAACAACGAUCAGUCAUUUCGUCAUAGCUAGCGCGUUUAUUGUCUUUCAGAUAAUCCUGUUUGUGGUAAGCUACGGGCUUGUUGGUACCGUCUUAGUGCCUGAUAUAGUAAGUAGAAGGAAGAAGCGAACCUAGUACAUGGUACUAUAGACUUCACAUGUAAUGGCUGGAAACGCUAGUGAAGAUAAAUUAUGUACAUUAAUGACCUAAACAGAAGCGCCUUGUGGGUAGCCAAGACUGCUUUUUUGGGUAAGAUAGGCGCCCUGUAAAC